AUGAGCGAAGAUUCGGCGCCCAGCGCGAAGCGCCGCAAGACCAACUUCAGCGACGCACGCUCUGCUUCCACAGGUUCGCUGAACAAAGGCGUGCGUUCUACAGCGAUCACAGAACCGGCUCUGCCAGAAGAUCUCCGCCUCGGCUGCUUUGAAAUUCUCGAAGCACCAGCUCCGAAGAAGAAGGAGCGAAGGUCAGAAGCCGCCAAGGAAAAGCCAAAGCCACCUGCUUCGCCUCCGGAUGCAAUGCCCAAAGCGGCGGCAGAGGAGGUGACGCAAGAAGCAGGAAGUGCGGCUUCAGCCGCUGCGAAGGCAGCCGCUUCAAAGCAAAGCUCAAAGCCGACUGCAGCUGAGUUAGCGGCGAAGGCCGCGGCAGCAGCUACAAAGCUUGCAAAGGAGAAGGAGCAGAACCAGCGCCGGGAGCGCGAGUACUUCAAGCCCUACAUAGGUGAACCUUGUGGCCCUGGCAACCGAUUCCUAGUUGAAGGUCCGCUUGGUAGAGGCUCAUUCAGCAGUGUUUACCGCUGUUCAGAUUCCAAGGGCGGCGGCAAGGAAUAUGCCGUCAAGUUCAUUCGUGACAAUCCCGGCCUGCGAAAAGCAACAGAGGUGGAGGUCAAGCUCAUGCGCCGCAUCCGCACAAGAGCAGUGGAGAAAGACUCCGAGGGUGCGGCCUUCCUGCUCGGCCUGGCGAACCUCGAGACGUUUCUCCACAACGGGCACCUGGCCCUCGUCUUCCAUCUGCAGCGCUACGACAUGCGAAGCGCACUGAAACGACAAGUCCAAGAAAAAAACAGCGGAUUCCCGUUGAAGGACGUUCAGCGCUACGCGGGCAACGUCCUCUUGGCUUUGAGGGCUCUCUGGGCCAUCAGGAUCAUCCACACCGACAUCAAGCCCGAUAAUCUCCUGCUGUCCUUGGAUAAAGAUUCGGUGAAGCUGUCAGACUUUGGAUGUGCCAUCGAUACCCAGGAGUCCAUGCAGGCGGCCCACAUUCGGAGAGCUUAUGCAAGCAGUUACCGACCACCCGAGAUCAUUCUCGGCCAGUCGUUCAGUACCCGGGCGGACAUGUGGAGUGCUGGAGCGACUCUUUUUGAGCUUGCUUCGGGACAUGUUCUCUUCCCCGAAGCUGCGAACAACGCGAUGCUACUCGAUAUUCUUCGUACCUGCGGCGCUUUCAAGAAGCAGUUCGCAGUAUCCGGAAAGCAUGCGCUCAAGCACUUCACCACUCAGGGUGCAUUCCGCCGCCGCACAAAGUCGGGCUCGGAGCAGCAGCUGUCGAUGUCUCAAUUCACCGCGCCAAGCCAGCCUGUUCCAACACGCUUGCGGAACGUGGUGCAGGACGUCCUGCUGGAGCCUUUCGCAGACCUUCUUACGCAGGCAUGUUUGGUGCCUGAUCCCGCCAAGCGAUCAUCGGCAGAAGCAGCUCUGAGACAUCCGUUCCUGAAGAUGAGGCGAUCCGGAUAG